AUGGAAGAAAAUAAAGAAGAAGUAGAUCCUGUAGCCGAGCCUGGAGAGGAAAAUCAGGAAGAGAUUCCUGAUGCAGAAGAAGCUCAGGUUGAGAAUGGCUCUCCCGCUCAUAAUGUAGUUAAUGACGAUGCUGAUGCUGACCCUGAUGCCGGCCCAGCUCUUAUAGAAGGAGCCGAUGGCCUCCCUUUUGGAGAAGAAGAAGAGAAGCAGAACGCUAAUGUCUCUCCUGAAGUCUUCGAGAACAUCAAGACCUUAUUCGAGGUCUUUGAUGAAGAAGGCACAGGAUAUGUCGAUAUCAACGAACUCUUUGUGAUCAUGAAGGCGCUUGAUGUCAAACCACUUGAGGAAGAAGAGGAGGACUUACUCAGGAAAGCAGACCCUAAUGACGAAGGAGCGUUUACAAUGGACGGAUUGCUAUCCAUCAUGGAAGAGAAGUUAAAACCAACAGAUACAGUAGAGGAUUUAGUAGAGCAGUUGAAUAUACUUAAUAAAAGGAAAGACGGAGGGACUAUAGCUACCCCAGAGCUUAAACAAUUCUUAACAACGAUGGGAAUGAAGUUUAGUGAAGAGGAAGCAGAAGCAUUGAUAAAAGAAGCAGAUCCUAAGAAUGAUGGUGUUGUAUCUAUUGAUGCAUUUGCUAUAAAAAUGUGUCCAGUGCCAAAAGAACCAAAGAGCUAA